AUAUACUUGAAUAGGUUGUGCCCUACUUAUCUAGAUCUAACACAUUCUUGUGCACCAUCGUCUUGGCUUGCACAUUCGGUCAAUCAAAUCCGUGCUCCUUUUUUCACCCCAGCCCCGACCCAAGCUGUGUAAGAAUGCCCAACAAGGCCCCCGCUCUGCCCGCUCGCAAGGUGGCGGGAGGGCGACGCACUGCCGCUGCGCACACUCGCCAGCUUCCCAUCCUUGAAGCACAGACUGUGACGCUGGAGGAUGGAACUGAGGUGCCCAUCAAGAUCCCCCCUGGCAUGCCGGCGGCCCAGGCCCAGGCGCUGGUUGCUUACCUGAAGUCCAACCCUGCGGCUGCCAAGGCGGCUUACGAGCACGCUCAGAAGGUGAUGAAGACCCCCGGCAUGGCCGGCGCCUUCGCCAACAUGUCGGCGCCCCAGAACCCGGUGAUGAUGGAGCGGCUCAACCUGCUGAAGGACGAUCCGGAGCUGAAGGACAUGUUCGAGGACAUGAAGACCAACGGCGCCGACGCCUUCCAGAAGUACUGGGACGAUACCGACCUCAUGCUCAAGAUCAGCCGCAAGCUCCGCGAGCUCAAUGUGGACGGCGCCCCCGCCCCGGAGGCCCCCGCCUCGGCGGAGGGCGCGCCCGCGCCCGCCAAGAAGCUGAUUGAGAACCUGCACGACGCCGCCAAGCACGGCGACAUGGAGGCCGCCACCCGCCUCAUCGAGGAGGGCGCGGACGUGAACGCGCUGAACGACCGCGGCAUCUCGGCCCUGGGCGUGGCGGUGGGCUUCAACCGCCUGGAGGUGGUCAAGCUGCUCAUUGCCGCGGGCGCCGACCUCACAUUCCGGGACCCCAAGAAGAACUCCCUCAUGCACUACGCCGCCGGCUACGGCCGUAUGGCCAUUGCCAAGGCGCUGCUGGGCGCCGGCGCGGAGCUCAGCGCGCAGAACGACGCCAAGCAGACGCCCGCGGAUGUGGCCAAGCUCAACGGCGAGAAGGAGAUGGUCAAGUUCCUGAACGACAAGAGCAAGGACACCGCCAAGGCGCCCGCUGCCGCCGAGGCGUCCGCAUAAGCGCCUGUUUGCGUCGGGAUUGUGUCUGCCGCUCUGGAGACGUUUGUGUGUGCGCGAUGCUCGGGGAAGUGCGAAUGCGUGCGGCACGCGGCUUGCGGUGUGUUUGCAAUGCAUGCGGCACGCGGCUUGCAGUGCGUGCGGCACGUGGCUUGCGGUGUGUUGGUCCGGAACGGACGCGUGUUUUGCCGGUCCUGCACAUCCCGGCCAUAGUUGUUGGGUUUGCUACACCGAGUCCCAUCGCGUGAGCGAAUUGUUUUGAGAGGCUUAUUUUCAUGUUUGCUUUCUUCCGCAUGCAGAGCUGCCCGGAACGCGAGGGGUCAGAUUGCUUGGGCUCACCUGUUCACAUACUAAGACUCGCGUACGGGGUUUCUAGGUAGGCCUUCUUUAGAUGAGCGGUUAGAAGUUGAACUCAAGCUAAUGACGAGUGUUGCGGACACGAAUGCGUACGUAGACCAGAGCGGAUGGCGGAGUGGGCUUGCAGGCGGCACGGCAAGCUGUAUUGUGCGGUAUGUGCGCUAUUAUCGAACUGUGUGCGUGAGCAGUCAACAAAAGCUCAGCGGAGGCGGCUGGCAUGUGUUGUGUGUGCCUGGUCCUGACUAUGAUUUGACGUACAGACGGAUCGUCGUGGUGAGGGCAGGUGAGAGCGCCUUGCAUGCAGUGUCCAAUUACGUGAGGGAAUGAGGGAGGGGCGCACAACGCCACAGACAAUCAGACAUAACAGCAUUCUUUCACAGAUGGCACCGCUGUAUAAAGUCGGAAACUUAUAGCACCCGCUGCAGGUGUGCAACUAUGCAGUAGAGACUGUAACAUCCCUUUGAU